AAUACAAGUUUAUAACAAUACUAAACUGUGAACAUUAAUUAAAUUGUAUUUAUAUCUCAGUUUACUAAAUCAACAUGAUUCAUGCAGUUUGCCUCUUGUUCCUAUUUCAGGAUGUUUAUUCAAAAACAUAUCUGAUUGAAACUGCAGAUGAUCUUAUUGUGGCCAAACCAAUUGCAGCAAAAGAAACCCCUGGUUAUGCAAAACCCCCACAAAAUGGUAGAGACUAUGCACAAGUGCUUGAUGAAGGUGGACAAUCUAUUCCUUCUUGUGUUGGACAUAUGGGUUCUUUUAACUUCAGUACACCUGAAUGGAUAGAAAAAGUUACUCCAUGUGCUAGUGUCACUUUUCAAUUGGGUGAAAAUGAGUUUUAUGUGUCAAAAGAUGAAGAAAAGAGUUCACCUGUAAAAAUCAAUAGAUACCCCAUAACAGUAGAAGAAUAUCAACAAGCACUGGAUGGAGAAACAGUGGAACUAGAAAAUGAAGAUGGAAAAACUGUUGAGUUAAAAACUACUGAUGAUGGAACUCUUACAUUAGACGGAAAAGCUUUAACUAAUGCAGCACUUGUCAAAUUCUCUAAAAAUGGUUUUACGUUUUAAAUAGCUUUAAAUAGAUCCACUACAAUAUAUAAUAAAAAUAAAGAUUUAGAGUUAAAA